GGCCGUAGUAAGCGCCAGUGUAGUCAGCGGCUACACGGUGAGCGGUGUGAAUGAUGUCGCUGGCUUUGUAACACUCAAUGAAGUACCUUCCAAACCACGUAAGUACUAAAAAUACACCAGAAGACAAGUUGCUUAACGGGAAUUAAGAGAAACACUGCAGAAUACCGGGGCUUCCUAUUCUACGCACCAGAAUUUAUUCCGAAUUUAUCCCAAUAUAAUCUGGACUGAACAAAACAAAUACCGGCCAUCGGUGUCCACGUAAAGGAGAUAAUUUCGCGUCGCGGCGUUAUUUUCCAAGGCUUUGGUGCGAGGAAGCUUAGCACUAGCUAUGCAAUGGAUAUUAUUCGAAAGAGGCCUUUAAACAGCGGGGAAACCGGGCUUGCACGCUAAGCUCGUUGGUCGUAAUAAGACCAUAGAGUAUCCUGGUAGCUAGCAAAAGCCCCUUUCUUUUUAAGAUCCACUUUGUGGUUACCGUGCGUUUGGCUGCUGUAUUUGCUACCAGGCUCGCUUUGUUUGGUUUUUGUUUCUCAUUCAAUAUAUUCAGCUAGUAGUUUUAUCUGUACAUCAGAUAAUUUUUUGGCUCUUUAUUUGUUUAGAGUCCGAUUCAGUGUUUGGUGUAUCUACUAACUUGCAGAGCCGCUGUGCAAAGUGUAUUUAGCAAGCCAGACAGCCACAUUCAUUCAGCCCAUCCGUAAAAACUAGCUACACCAAGCAGGCUUGCCUUUGCCCGGCCAGAUCUGGAAAACUUGGGGUGCUGUGCUACCCUUAUAUCUAACCAGCCAUCUAACGACGUUACACAGCCAGCCAGAUAGCUCCAAGUCCCCAUUGCAAUCGAGAUGCAGAUGCCUGCCAAUGCAUCCGUGUCCAGGGAUCAUAAACCUUAAUAUCUCGAUUGCAUUUUUUGCAUAAAGCUACCUAAUGUUUGGCAGAGUUGCUUUUGUUUGUUUUUUAAAGCCGGGCUCUCGCUAGCAGCCGAUAUAGGGGGGAUUUGCAAUGCAAACAAACCGUCGUUUUCUUGGACUCGCACUCGAAUGUUAUUUUUAGAAACUGGCAUUUUUUUUUUAAAUGUUGUGUCAACGUGCGACGUUGUGACUGUUAUAUAGGGAAUAUGCACUGAGCGAUGCUCCGUUGGACUGGACUCUAAGUAUGUGCAUGGAUUGUGUCUAAAAAAGAGGAUUUUUUUUUAUCAGGGAGAAUAAUUUGCAUUAAUAUUCCCAAGCGUUUCAGGUAGCGUCCCCUCGUUUUUGUGCCGAACGGUUCCCCUGGCGAUCCCCCUUUUUUUACACUAAUGAACAUACGGCGAUCAAAUCCCGUCCACUUAACGCGUUAUGGGAGGCCGAGGCGCAAAGCGCAGGACUUAGAGGAGUCGUCUUAUCUGAGCGAGUCCGCACAAAGUUUCAGUCCCAAUUUGGGAUCGCCGAGCCCCCCGGAGACCCCCAGCUCGCCGCACAGCGUCUCCUGCAUCGGCAAGUACCUGCUGCUGGAGCCGCUGGAUGGGGACCGCGCGUUCAGGGCCGCGCAUCUGCACAGCGGAGAGGAGCUGGUGUGCAAGGUGUUCGAUAUCGCUCGAUAUCGAGAAUCUCUGGCUGCGUACUUCUGUCUCUCGGCGCACAAAAACCUCAACCAGAUCAUGGAGAUAAUCCUGGGUGACACCCUGGCUUACGUGUUCUUCGAGAAGAGCCACGGCGACAUGCACUCGUUCGUGCGGACUUGCAAGCGGCUGCGUGAGGACGAGGCGGCGCGCCUCUUCUAUCAGAUAGUGUCGGCCGUCGCUCACUGCCACGACAACGGCCUUGUGCUCAGAGACCUCAAGCUGAGAAAAUUCGUCUUCACUAACGAAGACAGGAGCCUCAUUAAGUUGGAGAGCUUGGAGGACGCGUACAUCCUGAAGGGAGACGACGACUUCCUGUCAGACAAGCAUGGCUGCCCAGCCUACGUCAGCCCGGAGAUCCUGAACAUGAGCGGCAGGUACUCCGGCAAGGCGGCGGACGUGUGGAGCCUGGGGGUCAUGCUCUACACCAUCCUGGUGGGCCGCUACCCAUUUCACGACAUCGAGCCCAGCUCCCUGUUCAGCAAGAUCCGGCGGGGAAAGUUUAGCAUCCCCGACACGCUGACGCCGAGGGCCAAGUGCCUCAUCCGCAGCAUGCUGAGGCGGGAGCCAGUCGAGAGACUCACGUCCCGGGAGAUCUUGGACCACCCGUGGUUUUCCGGAGAAUUCCACGGGCCUGGAUUGGGGUGUGGGACGGGAGAGAAGGACGUGUCAGAUCAGGUCGUUCCUGACGUGAAUAUGGAGGAGGAGAAAUUCUUCAAUUGAAGGGGGUCAUCCCUCCAGAAGUCCCCAGGUCGGAAAUCGGGAAGUUAAGUGAAGGACGUCGUAAUUCCAUCCAGGUGGGAGCUGGGUUGAUCCCAGCAAGGAGCAGGGGGUCGUCUCAUGUGGAUCGUCAAGGAGCUGCUUGUCACAAGAAGUACAUAUGCAAUG